CCUGAUGUUUACAUUUUUUUCUUACAGGCAUUGAUAAUUCCGGUAUUGUUUGGAUGUAUCAAGUUUAUAAAAUUAUUUAAAAACUGCGAUUACAAUAUAGAAGCAGUAGCAGUUUUCGUUAAAUAUAUCUUCCUACUGAUUUGAUUAAAUUAACCUUAGAAGUUACAAAAGAAAAAAUAUUGUUUUGUUAUUUAAUGUUUCAAGAGGUUAUACAUAAUUAUAUUUAGUUGGAGAAUUUACUGUUUUUCAUUAUGGAGGAAAUAACAAGUGAUGAUUUAAUUAUUCCUGAAGAAAAGUAUGAAUAUUUGGAUCAUACCGCAGACGUUCAGUUACAUGCUUGGGGCAGUACCUUAAAGGAAGCUUUCGAACAAUGUGGAAUGGCAAUGUACGGAUAUAUGACGGAUUUAAAAAGAGUAGAAAUUAAAGAAAUUCAUAAUUUGGAAGCUGAGGGGCAUGAUAUGGAUAGCCUUCUCUUUCACUUUUUGGACGAAUUGCUAUUUCUCUUUUCUGCAGAUCCAUUUAUAAUAGGAAAAAAAGUCACAAUCACUGAAUUUGAUUCCACAAAUUUCAAGAUUAAGGUACGCGUUGCCGGUGAAACUUUUGAUAUAAGGAAACACAGUCAAGAUUGUGAGGUGAAGGCAAUUACUUAUUCAGCUAUGCAAAUUUACGACGAACCCGAUCGAGAAAAGAAAGAACUAUUUGUAAUUGUCGAUAUUUAAUAGGGGAGUCGUGCUCCACCGUAAUUUUUUUAUUAUGGCAAUUAAUAGUCUACAAAUAGUGUCUUUUUUUCUAAAAUAAUUUUAUUUUAUCUAAAAGUAAUCUUUUAUUAUCUUACCUAUUACUUUAUUUUAUGUAAGUUAUCUUACUUUUCACAUUUCAUAAUUUAAAUAAAGAAUAUUUUAAAAAAUAUGUUUUUUUCUUCAAUUUUCAACGGUGGAGCACAACUCUUUUUUAAGAAGUCAUAAAAUCAGUAUUUUCGAAAAAAAGGCAAAAUUUUUAUUUCCGUUUUGAAUUUUUUAGUUAAUCGAUCAUGACAAAAGUUGAGCUUGUACGUGUACUAAAAAUUGUAUAUAAUAGAAUAGUAAAAAAAAAUUUAUAUAGGUAAUAGUUUUAAUCGAAAAACAAAACCCGGAGCACAACUCCCCACUUUCCCCUAUGUAAAGUUCUUCAUUUAUUUUGCGUUUUUUAAUAAGUUUUUUACAACUAUUUAAUUAUACAUAUGUACAGAUCAAUCAUAUAUUUGUAAAUAAAAGAUUUUAUUUAACUUCUAUUUUAUGAAAUGUAAUCUAGAAAUUGUUGCAAAAUAUACAAUGUAUUUUUCUAGUUUGAAAAAUUAAUAAAACAUGACACUUUUAAAAGA